CGGGGUGUCGUCAAGCGAGCAUGCGCCAAGACUAGCACCGACCAACAUAAUAAUACCAUCACUGAUGUUUACGGAAUUUAAAUAAAUAACGUAGUUUUAUUGGGACUACCGAAUUAUCUACUAAGUGAAGGGAUGGAGUUCCCUGUGGAUGUACUUGUGGGCGUGAGUCAGGAGGCUCUGGAGAGCUCCGCCCAGAACUACAUGAAGGAGCUGCUGUACAGCAACCCAGAUUCACCCCAGUACCUCACACUGGAGGACCACACCCAGGUUCCUAUCGGUCUUCCCAACGUGGGGUUUGUUCCUCUGUACGGAGCCAGCAAUCAGCAGAAGGUCCUGGCCCUCUUCCCUCCAGGAGACCAGCUCACAGCUGUGGGGCUGUACCUGCUGGACAGGUGGUGGGCAGUGGAGGACAUUCUCCGGACGUCUGACCCAUCCAGAGAUGGAGCCAUGGAGGUGGAAACCAUCAGAGAGAGAAUAGUUCUGUACAUCCUAAAUCGUGUAGUUUACAGAGCCAAAGAGAGGAGCUCUGACGAGCUUCCCUUCCUCUGCCAUGAGGAAACAGACUUCGCCAAAAUCCUCUGGAAGAGUGGAGAGGCAGUGGGGUUCUACUCAGUCAAGCCUUCAGACAGCUUAUGCAGUAGCUUCGUGACCCAGCGGUACCAGCUUCCUGUCAUGGACUCCAUGUUUGUCAGGAAGCGUCACCGCGGCAACGGCUUCGGCCUUCAAAUGCUUGAAAACUUUGUUGACAGUUUCAAAGAGGACAGUCUAGGGUUGAGAUACCCCCUCUCCGCAGCAAUGUGCAAAGUUUGUGCCAAGUACCUGAGCCUGUACCCAGCCGACAGCAGCCUACUGUGGGAGGUGGAGAGUGUUGGAGGGCCCAGCCAGAGAACCAACAUCGCCUGCAAGAUCCAGGCCAUGGAUCUGACUGCAAUAUCGAAGAAUCUCUCCUUUGAGCAAUCGAUUGUUAGUCAUGAGGUGACUGAAACCGACGUGGUCAUGGAGGAACUAACGUCAUCCAUCCAGAGACAUGAAUCAUUGGAGAUUGUGGAGGAAGUGAAAAUCGAAGUUGCGAGAGACUCGGAGGAAACGCCGGUCACUGCCCGCGGCAGGAGCAGUGGGCUGAAGAGGAGGAAGAUGAGAGAGGAGGUAGCUGUGUCAGAGGAAAACAAAUCAGAAAAAGUAAUCAGGAUUGAGGAUAUUGAGGCAGAGGUGGACACUCCCAAAGAGGAGCAGGAGGAGCAGCAGGAGCAGAGGGACUCUUGUACCGCUGCGGAGGAAACAGCACAAACCACUCUGGAAUCAGACAAGGAAGAGGUAGCUGGGGAAACUGUUGAAACAGCCAUCGAAGUACAGGCAGAAAAGCCAAAAGAGGACGAGCCUUUACUUGGUGAACCAGAAAAACCGGCCACAGUCUCGAGCACAGUAUCACCUGAGGCCAACGAGGAGCCUGCUGUUGAGGAGAUCCAGGGAGGAGAGAAGGCCCAGGCUCAGGCCCUCCGGCUGCAGAGAGCCACCGUGGUGCUGGUGGAUGUGACCAAAACAACCUUCCAGACAGCGGUGGAGGUUGAGAAUGUUGCUUCAGAACAGAUUUCGGAGGAGGCGGCAGGACAUGAAGACACAACGAUGGACGAGGCGGUUCAGGAGGAGAUCAGGGAGGCUGAAAGCAAAACUGAUGAGUCCGAAAAAGAAGACAAGAAUGAGAGGGACAGGUCUCACCGAUCCACUCAUCUCUCAAAGCAACCCGUGGACGAGAAAGCAGAAUGCAAAACCUAUCCAAUCAGAAAGUCCUCCAGAUCAGCUGCAAAGGCUUUGGAAGCACCCCAGGAAAGUCCCAAAGGGUUAGUCCCACAGUCCCAAAGAUCAGAGACUCUCCUCAGGGCCACACCUUCACGGGAAUCCGAAAGGCAAAAACAUCAAGAAGAACCGGAAGAACCCGCUGAAAUAGCGGAGCCAGAAACCAUCCCUUCAGAGGAGCCGGCGUCCGAGGAAACGGGUGAAGCAGCAGAAGUGGAGAAAGUAGAUGACAGGAGACAGGAAACGGCUGCAGAAGGACAGGAAGUAGAUGACAGGAGACAGGAAACGGAGGGUGAGAAACCUACAGAGAUAGUAGAACCUCCUGGGAGAAAAACGAGACUUGGGAAGAAUGCUGCCAUGGAAACGCCCAGACGCAAGUCGCAGCGACACCUGAAAAUAACCGAAGAGGAAGAGGAGGGUAAAAAACCAUCUACGACCCCGAGAGGUAAAACACGACAACCCAGAGAGCUACAGGAAACAACUAAAGAGGAGACAGCAGAGCAGCAAACCUUUAGCAGAGUUUUGAGGACGAGGACUACAAUCAUCGCUAACUUUACUCCUCGCAAAUACACACGCAGUCAUGCUGUGAAAGAAAACGAUGAACAAGCAGCAGCUCCUACGAUAGAUAAGAAUGAUAAAGAACAAGAGGAGGAGAAAGAGGAGGGGAAAGAGGCUACGACAACAAUUGAGGAAAAACAAGAUGAGGAACAAGCAGAAAAUGAGAAGGAAGGUGAGGAGGAACGGGUUCCACCAGAGGUGCUUAAUGAAGGGGAUGAGAAAAAGGUAGACAAGCAACAAGAAGAGAAAGUCGUGCAGGAGGACAAGAUGGAGGCAGAACAGGAAGUAGCUGAUGAAGAUGACUUAUCGGAUCAAAAUGAAGAGGGUGCACAAGUAACUGAUAAACCAAAACAGGAGGAAGAAAGUAAAGACGUAGAAGUAAAGGAAACAACAGAAGAAAAACAGACAGAUGGAGAAACUUCAGCAGAAGAGGUGGCAGAAAAGGGAAGAGAUGAAACUAUUCCUGAUGAGAAGAAAAUGGCAGAAGACGUUGUAGCCCUGGAGGAACCAGGAGAUGCUGUAGCACUGGAGGAACCAGGAGAUGCUGUAGCCCUGAAGGAAUCAGGAGAUGCUGUAGCCCUGAAGGAACCAGGAGACGCUGUAGCACUGGAAGAACCAGGAGAUGUUGUAGCCCUGGAGGAACCAGGAGAUGUUGUAGCCCUGGAGGAACCAGGAGAUGCUGUAGCCCUGGAGGAACCAGAAUAUGUUGUAGCACCAGAGGAACCAGGAGAAGCUGUAGCGCCGGAGGAACCAGGCAGUGCUAUAUCCUUGGAGGAACCAGAAGAUGUUGUAGCACCAGAGGAACCAGGAGAUGCUGUAGCCAUGGAGGAACCAGGAAAUGCUGUAGCCCAGGAGGAACCGGGAGAUGUUGUAGCACCGGAGGAACCAGGAGGUGCUAUAUCCCUGGAGGAACCAGAAGAUGUUGUAGCACCGGAGGAACCAGGAGAAGCUGUAGUGCCGGAGGAACCAGGAGGUGCUAUAUCCCUGGAGGAACCAGAAGAUGUUGUAGCACCAGAGGAACCAGGAGAAGCUGUAACGUCGGAGGAACCAGGAGAUGCUGUAGCACUGGAGGAACCAGGAGAAGCUGUAGCCCUGGAGGAACCAGGAGAUGUUGUAGCACCGGAGGAACCAGCAGGUGCUAUAGCCCUAGAGGAACCAGGAGAUGGUGUAGCACCGGAGGAACCAGGAGGUGCUAUAGCCCUGGAAGAACCAGGAGAUGUAGCCCUGGAGGAACCGGUAGAUGCUGUAGCCCUGGAGGAACAGGGGGGACAAGAAGAGCAGACUAUGGACAAGUUGGAGGAAGAAGCAGGGGAGGCUGUGGAGGGGAAGAUGGAGGAUGAGAAGGAGGAGAAAACCGGGGAAGAGGAAACUACGGCUGAUGAAUCAGCCGCAGUAGAAGAUGAUGAAAAAAUUGAGGACAAUAUGACGUCGGCUGUAGUCCGGAGUGCUGGAGAUGAGGUUACAGAAAACGGUUCAGAGCUAAUGCCCUCAGAGGAGCCGGCAGAGGAGGAGAAAGAGACAGAACCAUCAAAUGAAGUGGUAGAAACACCAACUGAAGAAACCUUGGAAGAAAAGGUGGCACCAGCUGAAGUUGAGGAGGCAAAGAUCUCAGAGGAAGAACAGGAAGCUCCAGCAGUAGAAACAAGAGCUUCUAGGAGAGGAAGGAAGAGGGGGAAAGCUACUCCAAAACACAGAUCCACAGGCAGAGGACAAAAACAGCAUAAAGAGGAAGAGGAGGAAGAGGAGGAAGAGGAACCGGUCAUAGAAAUAAGAGUUCUGAGAAGAGGAAGGAAAUCUGCAACUGUCACACCGAGUCGCAAAUCUAAGAGAGCCCGCAAACAACCUGAUCAACAGGAGGAAGAGGAGACUGCAGAACAGGAAGCAGGAGCAGCAAAGGAGGAAGUAAAUGUUGAACAAGAAAAAGACAAGGAAGAAAAGAUUGAGGCAGUGACACUCAAGGAGAACCUUGUGGAGGAUGCUAGGGCUGACAAGGGCACUGUGGAAGAGGACAAGGUGGAUGAGGGAGCAACGGCUGUGGAGGAAAAGAAUGAGGAUAAAGAGGAGGAGGAAAUUGUAGCAGAAGAAUCAGCUGCAGUAGAAGACAUUGAAAAAACAGAAGAUCAGAGCACAGUUGAACCCAUGGUCCAGAGUGCUGGAGAUGAGGUUACAGAAAAGGGUUCAGAGCUAAUGCCCUCAGAGGAGCCGGCGGAGGAGGAGAAAGAGACAGAACCAUCAAAUGAAGUGGUAGAAACACCAACUGAAGAAACCUUGGAAGAAAAGGUGGCACCAGCUGAAGUUGAGGAGGCAAAGAUCUCAGAGGAAGAACAGGAAGCCCCAGCAGUAGAAACAAGAGCUUCUAGGAGAGGAAGGAAGAGCGGGAAAGCUACUCCAAAACACAGAUCCACAGGCAGAGGACAAAAACAGCAUAAAGAGGAAGAGGAGGAAGAGGAGGAAGAGGAACCGGUCAUAGAAAUAAGAGUUCUGAGAAGAGGAAGGAAAUCUGCACCUGUCACACCGAGUCGCAAAUCUAAGAGAGCCCGCAAACAACCUGAUCAACAGGAGGAAGAGGAGACUGCAGAACAGGAAGCAGGAGCAGCAAAGGAGGAAGUACAUGUUGAACAAGAAAAAGACAGUGUAAAAGAAGCAGUGGCUAAUGAAAUGAAUGAGGAAGAGGAGGGCAAUGAGGUGGCAGAGGCAAGGACUGAGGAAGAGGAGGGCAAUGAAGACGCGGCAGCAGAAGAAGACAAAACUCCAGAGGAAGAAAAGGCUCAAGAGGAGGUGGUGGAAGAAAUAGCUGAGGAGGAGUCUGCUGAGGGAGGAGAUGAGCGACUGGCCGACAAAGAGGAGGAAGAAGGGAAAUCAGAAGAUGCUGCAGCAGAGACCAGGACAGCGGAAGCAGCAGACACAGCAUCAGAAAUGCCUCUUGAUGAAGACGCCGAGAAGAUCUCACCAGCCGUGGAGGAAGAAGCCAAGAGCUGGGAGGAAGAGGAGGUGGUGAAAGAAGCACAGAAAGAUACAGAGGAGGAAGGGGAGAAGAGGGGUGGAGAGGAGGCUGACCUGACCGCAGACACUGUGGCAAAUGCUGAGGACAAAGAAGAAACCAUCACCCAACCACAGGAGGAAGGUAUGGUAGAGCCAGGAGAAGAGCAAGUAGGAGAGGAGAAGGUGGAGACAGGGGAAUUGGCUGAAACUGAAGAGGGGAAGCAGGGGGAAGACGCUAAGAUUGCAUCUGCUUCCCGAGAUGUAGAACAAGCAGAGGAAAUACUGGAGAAGGAGAGGAAGGAGGCUGGCGAGACAGAAACCGCAGAAAAAACUGAUAAACAGGAGAUAGGAGAAGAAGAUGUGGUGACUGAUGAAGAGUCUCCAAAAGAAGCGAAGGUGACGCAGACCGACGGUCCUGUGAAGGAAGAGGCUGAAGAAGACGAACCUCCAGUUGUGGAGACGAGAGCUUUGAGGAGCAGAUCAAAGGCUCUCCUCGGGGCCACACCAUCACGGGAAUCCAAAAGGCAAAAACAUCAAGAAGAACCGGAAGAACCCGCUGAAAUAGCAGAGCCAGAAACCAUCCCUUCAGAGGAGCCGGCGUCCGAGGAAACGGGUGAAGCAGCAGAAGUGGAGAAAGUAAAUGACAGGAGACAGGAAACGGCUGCAGAGGACAAAGAACCUCCUGUGGUAAAAAUGAGAGUCCUUCGGAAGACUGCAGCCAUGCCGAGGCGUAAAUCCAAACGCCACAAACCCUCGGUGGAUUACACUGAGGAGGGAGAGGGAGGAGAGGAAGGUGAGGGAGAGGAAGAAGAGGGAGAAGCUGGCAUAGAGGGCAAAGAGGUAGCUGAACUUGAGGAAGAUGGGGAGACGGAAAAUCUACACGGAAACGUAGCAAAUGAAGAAAAGACAGGAGAGGAUAUAGAACCUCCUGUGGUAAAAACAAGAGUUCAUCGGAAGAAGACUGCAGCCAUGACGAGGCGUAAAUCCAAACGCCGCAAACCUUCGGUGGAUUACACUGAAGAGGGGGGAGAGGAGGCGGACAGCGAUGCCAUGGAGUCUGAAGAGGGAGAGGAAGGUGAGGGAGAGGAAGAAGAGGGAGAAGCUGGCAUAGAGGGCAAAGAGGUAGCUGAACUUGAGGAAGAUGGGGAGACGGAAAAUCUAGAGGAAAAUGGAGCAGAUGAGGAGGAAGAAAAGACAGGAGAGGAAAAAACAAAAGAGGCAGAAAACAACAUUUGCUUGGAGUUAGAUGAAGAUGAAGAGCAGAUGGAGGAGGACUCAGCAGCAGCUGAGUCCUCCUCCUCCUCCUCCUCCUCCUCCUCCUCCUCCUCCUCCUCCUCCUCCUCCUCCUUCCUCUCAGAGGAAGAAAAGGAGGCUCCAGUGGUCCUAAAGAGAAAUCUGAGAGGGAGGUCGAUCGCCACUCCCAUCCCAGCACCACGGCGCAAAUCCAGAAGACUCAGCCAAGCCACACACACACUGCAGGUGGAGAACGCUUCUCCUGAGGAUUCUGUGGAGGAGCAGAGUCCUCCGCCUGGGAGGAGUCUGAGGAAGAGGAGGAGUCUGAGGAAGAGGAGGAGCGCCGAGCCCACGCCCACAUACAGGUCCAAGCGCCGCAGCCGAACAUAGAGUACAUUUCACACACACACACACUUGUACUCACACACGUUCUCACCCGCACACACCCCCUCCCCACUUCCCUCUCUCUCUCACAUGCACACAAGGCACAAAGUUAAAGGCUAUCUAGGGGAACAGCUAAAGUACCUUUUGCAUAUGCGUUUUUCAUUCAUGUUUUGCUUGAAUUCUUCAUGUAAUUUCUUUAAACAUAAAUGAUUUAAAUAUCAAUGUGGUGCAUAUUUGAUACCUUUCAUAUUGUACUUAUAGUGUCAAUAUCGAAGGCAAAUUGUGAAUUGGUUUUUAUAAAAAUUUCAGGUGCCAAUUUGACAUUUUCUUGCUGUUUUUCAUAAUUGCUUAACUAGUCCUUCCCUCUAUAAACAUUUCACUUUUUAGACAGUAUAAAGACGUGAGUUAAAAUAUAGAAUAUAGACUUUAGUGUACUGUAAUUCUCUUCAACAUAUUGGGUUAGUAGUUACAAAAAUGCCUGAAGUUAUUAUCCUCCAUUUAGUUAAUUCAAAACAUCUAUUAACACAUUUCAAUAUUUUGGCAGUUACAAAACAUUGUCUGAGUUUAAAAUUGGCUUUGAAAAUAUUAUUUAUAUUGUCUCAAAUAUGAUUAUAUGUGUGUUUGGAACAUGUAACAUAUUUGAACUAUUGUUUAAUUUUUCUCUUCCAAAGGGAAUAUUUUUUAAGAUAUAUUUUAUUUUUAUACAAUACAUUUGAGUCAAAUUGUUAUACUUAAAUGUAUACGGAUCAAAUUUUGAUGAAGCUCAGGAUCUAAAAUCACAUAUAAUGUUAUACAAAAGUUGAUGUGGACAAAUGUUUAUAUUUUUCUCACGAUUCCAUUAUAGAGCAUAUGCUACCUACACACAUUAUUACGCUGUGGAAACCCCCACCUGUAGACGUACACAGAAUAAUAUUAGUGUCAUUACAAAACAUUACAUUUAAUUGUUAAACCAUUUAAUGUAUCUCCUCACACUAUGUAACAAUUUUAUCACAUUUUGCUUUGAGUUUUUUCCUAAUUGAUUAAAUGCUUGUUGUCGGUGACCUGUGAUGUGAAGGCUCCUAGAGAUGCAAUUGGAAAAAUCAUGUUUUUGUUGUUGUAUUUUUCUCUUUCAUCGUGUUAUAAUGUUUUCUGUCGGCGGUCCUCCAAACAAACAUCUUAUUGCGUUUGGUGAACAGAUGUUUACAGGAGCAUUUUCUUCUGGAGCUGUGACUUUGAUACUUUGUAGUGGUCUUAUAUUGGUAGUAAAUAAAGAUUUUUAGAGUGUGA